CCUCCUUGAAGGAGUGGCUAAUGAUUAAAAGGUGAGCACAGCAGCCAAGCCGUCAUCAUCCAAGUUGGGAGGACCAAGCUUACACGACUUGCAGCUUUCGGAGAAUUGUUUUUUUCUUUUUUGUGGUACAAUUUUUGUUUUGUUAGUACUGUGAUGACGCCUCAAUUGAAAUUUAUCCUUUGCCUGUUUGCGAUCUAUGCUGUUGAGCUAGUCGUGACAAAUGCUGUCAACCCCCCCGAUGCACCGGAACUGACAACACCCAGUCCAGUGACGCCUGCGCCCGUCAAUCCGACUGAGCAACCAAAACCAACAACGGCCACUCCAGCGACGCCUGCGCCCGUCAAUCCGACUGAGCAACCAAAACCAACAACGGCCACUCCAGCGACGCCUGCGCCCGUCAAUCCGACUGAGCAACCAAAACCAACAAUGGCCACUCCAGCGACGCCUGCGCCCGUCAAUCCGACUGAGCAACCAAAACCAACAACGGCCACUCCAGCGACGCCUGCGCCCGUCAAUCCGACUGAGCAACCAAAACCAACAACGGCCACACCAGCGACGCCUGCGCCCGUCAAUCCGACUGAGCAACCAAAACCAACACCGGCCACUCCAGCGACGCCUGCGCCCGUCAAUCCGACUGAGCAACCAAAACCAACACCGGCCACUCCAGCGACGCCUGCGCCCGUCAAUCCGACUGAGCAACCAAAACCAACAACGGCCACUCCAGCGACGCCUGCGCCCGUCAAUCCGACUGAGCAACCAAAACCAACACCGGCCACUCCAGCGACGCCUGCGCCCGUCAAUCCGACUGAGCAACCAAAACCAACAACGGCCACUCCAGCGACGCCUGCGCCCGUCAAUCCGACUGAGCAACCAAAACCAACACCGGCUACUCCAGCGACGCCUGCGCCCGUCAAUCCGACUGAGCAACCAAAACCAACAACGCCCACUACAGCGACGCCUGCGCCCGUCAAUCCGACUGAGCAACCAAAACCAACACCGGCUACUCCAGCGACGCCUGCGCCCGUCAAUCCGACUGAGCAACCAAAACCAACAACGCCCACUACAGCGACGCCUGGGUCCACCAAUCCGACUGAGCAACCAAAACCAACAACGCCCACUCCAGCGACGCCUGGGUCCACCAAUCCGACUGAGCAACCGGACCCAACAACACCUGGAAAAAACAAUUCUACAAUCUCAACUGAUUCAGUCAGUCCGGCAACAGAUCCUAAGCCCACAAUUGUACCAGAUAUCUGUGAGCGACUGCCAUGUCCUAGCGGGAGCCAAUGCGAGGCUCGUGCCAACAAUAGCCGCGUCUGCUUGUGUAUGGCCGGCGAUUACUUCAAUGAGGACAGCCAGCGUUGUGAGACGGCCAAAGUCUUCCCCGGACAGCUGGGAGUGCCUGCAUUGGAAUUUACAGAUGACAUGAAAAACAAAACAUCACCUGCGUUUCAACGUGCUGCCGAGCAAAUUUCUCAUGAGGUUGAUUUACUUUUCAUGAAGAGACCUGGUUACUUGGGGUCCAUUGUGCUGGAACUCAAGAAAAUGGAACCUCCAAAAGUACGAGCCGUGCCGGGUGUCAUUGCUUCUGUGGAGAUGGUCUUCCAGACGUCUGCUCAAAUCAAAGCACAGGACAUUGAGAAGGACGUGACCGACGUCUCCACAUGUGAGGGAUGUCUUCUGGCAAAUUCAAAGUUCGCAAAAACUAAACUGUGUGAUAAGAAACCUUGCGACGGGAAAACCACCACAUGUUCGGAGAAAGACGAUGGAGAUUUCUUAUGCAGCUGUUCGAAGGAUUACGUCACCACAGAAUACAGUCAGAGAGCGUGUGUUGCUUGCCCAAGUGGUCAGGAACCAAACGGAACUAGGGAAUGUGCGGAUUGUCCAUAUGGUUACUCUGGUUUUAACUGCAAUGAAUCAUGGAAGCUAGCUUUGGUCGUCGUUGGCUCAGUUUUCGGGGGAUUACUGCUCAUCACAAUCAUCGUUCUAAUCGUCGUGGCGACCAAAGCCCCAAAGAUCUCCAAGAAAACAAAAAAAGAUUUGGAAACCAGGAGUCACGACGUGAUCCACUUUACCGAUAAGGAACCCCUCGUUACAAGCCUGCCGACCAAUCAGCAGGGCUCUCUGGGUAAGUCUACGCCAAUCCCGGGCGUCAAACCCUUCCCCAGCGGAGCGGUGCCGAGGAUCCCCCGAGCCACGGCCGCCAGUCACUGGGACAGUGGGAUCAACCUGGAGAUGACGCCGAGCAAUAGUCGCCCUAGCUCCGUGGCUCACGAGAGAAGUUCUUGGCUCAAUGACAACCCAGAAGACAUGAACGGUGGUCCGUACUCGCGGCCUCGCAACCAGACCAACCCGUACGCCCAAAGUAGUAGGCCCCUGAAUAACCCCUACUCAGAAUCCCAAUCCGUGAACAACCCGUACGUCCAGGAUCGGUCCCGGACCAACCCUUACGCUCGGAACCAAGGCCAAAGCAACCCAAUCUACUCGCAUGACAAUGAAAGACCGUUCAACUACUGAAGAGCAUUUGGAAGUGGAAACAUUUGUUGCAGUGGUUGAAAUAUGGGGAACACUUGGACUCAAAUUUUGCCCUUGUUAAUUCUGCUGUCUAAAUAAUCAUUUUAAAAAUGUCAUAAUUAAUUUCAAAAGUGCAGAGUGCCGCUUCUGUCCGUUGGCGCCAUCUAGUGGAUGAAUAUUGAACUGACAGGGGCCAGAAUCAGUUUGAAGACGGCUAGCCGAGCUGUUUAGUUGAACUGGAAACUUAAAGUUUUGUGAGUUUAUCUCUGGAUGGGAAAAGUUCAAACUUGUGUGUUUGUAAAUGUGAAAUUCAGUUCCAACAUGCAACAGAUGAAGCCCAAAAACAGUAGGUUUAGUGUUUAUUCCUUGCUCGUUUACACUGCGUGACUUAGCUUAUUUUAGCUUAUUUUAAACGUACCCCACAUGUCUCGCAUGUUUUGUUUUCAGUUGGUAAAUUCACAAAUGUUGUAUAAAAAUACGUAUGACGCAUGUUCUUUAUAAAAAUCUUGGUGGACUGUC